AUGGCCCUGUUGGCAGUGACCCGCGCUCUGGGCUCCCUGAGCCUGGCGCCCUUGGCCAUCGCAACGCCUGUCCCGAGUCUGCUCCCCGCCGCCCAGGUGAUGAACAAUGCCUUCCUCCGAUUGCCUUCUGCCUUGGUGUCACUCCCCUGCCGCCCACUCCUUACUUCUGCAGCUUGUAGUGCCAACUUUGUGUCCUGGAAGAGUCGUACCAAGUACACCAUUAAACCAGUGAAGAUGAGGAAGUCUGGGGGCCGAGACCACACAGGCCGUAUCCGAGUGCAUGGUAUUGGUGGGGGCCACAAGAAACGAUAUCGCAUGAUUGACUUUCUUCGUUUCCGGCCUGAACAAGAGACCUCGCCGGGACCCUUUGAGGAGAAGGUUGUCAUGGUCCGCUAUGAUCCCUGUAGGUCAGCAGACAUAGCUCUGGUUGCUGGAGGUAGCCGGAAACGCUGGAUCAUUGCCACAGAGAACAUGCAGGCUGGAGAUGUAAUCCUCAACUCUAACCACAUAGGCAGAAUGGCAGUUGCUGCCCGGGAAGGGGAUGCACAUCCUCUUGGGGCCCUGCCUGUGGGGACUCUCAUCAACAACGUGGAAAGUGAGCCAGGCCGGGGGGCCCAGUAUAUCCGAGCUGCAGGGACUUGUGGUGUGCUGCUUCGGAAGGUAAAUGGGACAGCCAUUAUCCAGCUGCCUUCUAAGAGGCAGAUGCAGGUGCUGGAAACGUGCAUAGCAACAGUCGGCCGAGUAUCCAACGUCGAUCAUAACAAACGGGUCAUCGGCAAGGCAGGUCGCAACCGCUGGCUGGGCAAGAGGCCUUCCAGCGGGCUAUGGCACCGCAAGGGGGGCUGGGCUGGCAGAAAGAUUCGACCACUGCCCCCUAUGAAGAGUUAUGUGAAGCUGCCCUCCGCUGCUGCCCAAAGCUGAUAUUUCUGGACUCUAAUAAAAUGCUCCUCCCAUUUUAAUCUGU